CUAAUGGGAAAAAGCAAGGUUCUUGUUGUGGGGGGCACUGGGUAUGUUGGGAGGAGGAUAGUGAAAGCAAGUCUAGAACAAGGCCAUGAAACCUUUGUUCUUAAACGCCCAGAGAUAGGGCUUGACAUUGAGAAGGUUCAGAUUCUGCUAUCAUUCAAGAAGCAAGGUGCUCAUCUUGUUGAGGCUUCUAUCUCAGAUCACCAGAGCCUUGUGGAUGCUGUGAAACUAGUCGAUGUUGUGAUUUGCACCAUGUCUGGGGUUCAUUUUCGGUCUCACAACAUAUUGACUCAGCUCAAACUUGUUGAGGCCAUCAAGGAUGCAGGCAACGUCAAGCGUUUCCUGCCUUCAGAAUUUGGCAUGGACCCAGCACUAAUGGGACAUGCACUUGAACCGGGAAGAGUGACAUUCGAUGAGAAAAUGAUUGUAAGGAAAGCAAUUGAGGAUGCCAGUAUUCCUUUCACUUACAUAUCUGCUAACUGUUUUGCCGGCUACUUCGCUGGUAACCUCUCUCAGAUGGGCACCCUCUUACCUCCAUCACACAAGGUGCUUCUCUAUGGUGAUGCAAAUGUCAAAGUUGUUUAUAUGGAUGAAGAUGAUGUUGCGACAUAUACAAUCAAGACAAUUGAUGAUCCUCGAACAUUGAACAAGACGGUAUACCUAAGACCACCAGAAAACAUUCUCACUCAGAGAGAGCUGAUUGAGAAGUGGGAGAAACUCAUAGGAAAGCAACUAGACAAGUCCACCAUAUCUGCACAAGACUUUCUUUCUUCCAUGAAAGGUUUGGACUAUGCAAGCCAAGUGGGAGUGGGGCAUUUCUAUCAUAUUUUCUAUGAAGGGUGCUUGACAAACUUUGAAAUAGGAGAAGAUGGAGAAGAAGCCUCACAGCUUUAUCCAGAGGUGAAAUACACACGCAUGGAUGAAUAUCUACAACUUUAUGCGUGAUGAGGUUAUGAACACGAAAAAUUAUACUUUUGACCCACCAAAAUAAAUAAAGAAAUUCUGGGAGUUGUUAUCAUAAAACAAUUGAGUAGAAAGAACGCUGACCAUAUACUUGUUAGUGAUUUUACUUCUCUCAGUUGAAGGGUUUGUAAUCAUGUUUGCUUUAAUUGUGAACUUGUUUCAGUUUUCAUCUGAGCUCCACAACAAAUCAACCUAAAUAAUGGUGACCUUGAUUAUGGUUGAUGUUGCUAGCCUUUCAACCUGGAAGUGAAAAGAG